CUUUUUGCAUGGCUGAAAUGAGCCAUUGGUGAGGGAUUGCUGUUAUUUCAGUGAUCCUGCAUCUCUCUCACCCAUCCUUACUCUCUCGCUUUCGUUUUCCUCUCCUUUCACAUCUCUUCUCUCUCUAUUACUCUCUCUCUCUCUCUCUCUCUCUCUCUCUCUCUCUCUCUCUCUCUCUCUCUCUCUCUCCCCCUCUCUCUCUCUCUUCACCCCUUCUCUCUGCACUUCUCUGCUUUCAUCACACUCGCUCUUACAGACUCAGCUUCUCUCUCCUCCAGCACUUGGCACUGCGAUCAUGCCUCAUUCUCCUCUCCCUCCUACCCCUCGCUCUCCUUCACUCCUCUGCUCCGCCUGUCUUUUUUCAUUCACACGUUCCUUCAUCAAGCGGGUGUUUCUUCCAAAUCACUGCACUGGCCAAGCCACGCCCCGCUAGUUUUGGACAAAAAGGGUUCAACAAAAAUCUUCCUUUGACCUUAGUCUUCUCAGCACUUUCUUCAGUGGGAACCUGCUUUGAAAGGACAUGGCUUUCUUGUUCCAAAUCUGCUUGUCCUAAUCUUGCCUCUCUUUGGAUCUCUCACUUCAUAGGAAAGAGUUUGAGACUGUCCUUUUGCUAAAUGUCUGUAGCUGUUUCUGACUGGCGGUCUUAUUCCCUUAUCAGGGAAACCCCCCUACCUUGGCAUCCUAAGGGGGAGGAGCAGACUCACUGAAGCAGAAAACAUAGUAGGAAAAAAACAGAGGAAAGGAAGAAGAAGAAGAAGAGGAAGAAGAAGUAGAAGAGAGGAACAGAGGAACAGAGAGAGAAGUGGAGCAGAAUAAGAAGAAGAAGACAUCAUUUGUCAUCAGAGACUGGAACAGAUUAGUGUCUCUAAAGCGGAGAGAGUGAAAGUGAGUGUGUGUGUGUGUGUGUGUGUGUGUGUGUGUGUGUGUGUGUGUGUGUGUGUGUGUGUGUGUGUGUGUGUGUGUGAGAGAGAGAGAGAGAGAGAGAGAGAGAGAGAGAGAGAGAGAGAGAGAGAGAGAGAGAGAGAGAGAGAGAGAGAGAGAGAAUCACUGUAAGCCACACACAAGCAAUGCUGAAUGCAGCAUGUGCCACCCUACAGACUCUGUCACUUUAUGACGACGAUUGUAUUCACUGAGCACGGGAACCUCCAGGACCUUCCAUCAUCUCUGUUUCUUUGUACACACAGAAGGAUGCAGCGCAAAUGAAACAGGACAUCACUGCCUUCUUUCAAACCUGCAGGCUCUGAAUCAGCAUCAGCAAGUUCCAACUCGGACCUUGUGAAGUUUUAGCCAGCCUGUCCUCUUCUGCCUCCUUCUGUUCUCGUCCAGGGAUUUAGUCAGUUCGCUUCUAGCCAUGCAGGUGUCCUUUGCAUGCACAGAUCAUGGGCUCAAGGCACCACGGAACAAUGAGCCAACCAAGCAAAACACAGCAAGUCCGAACACAACGAGUGCAGCCCGGGCUCGGUUCCGCACUGUGGCACUAAUUGCUCGCAGCCUGGGAUCCUUCACACACCGCCACCACAUCUCACUGAAGGAGUCCACAGGCAAACUCACUGGCAUGAAGUACAGAAAUCUUGGGAAAUCCGGAUUGCGAGUAUCAUGUUUGGGGCUUGGAACGUGGGUGACAUUUGGGGGUCAGAUUUCCGAUGAGGUAGCAGAGCAGCUAAUGACUAUAGCCUAUGAGAACGGGGUUAACCUCUUCGACACAGCCGAGGUUUACUCAGCAGGGAAAGCUGAAAUAAUUCUUGGAAAUAUCAUCAAGAAGAAAUGCUGGAGGAGAUCAAGUUUGGUGAUCACUACCAAAAUUUACUGGGGAGGAAAAGCAGAAACUGAAAGAGGUCUCUCGAGGAAGCACAUUAUUGAAGGUCUGAGAGGGUCUUUACAAAGGUUACAGUUAGAAUAUGUGGACGUCGUCUUUGCCAAUCGGCCCGAUAUCAACACUCCUAUGGAAGAGAUCGUGAGGGCAAUGACUCAUGCUAUAAACCAGGGAAUGGCCAUGUAUUGGGGGACAUCACGUUGGACCGCCAUGGAGAUUAUGGAGGCAUACUCUGUGGCGAGGCAGUUUAACCUGAUCCCUCCAGUGUGUGAGCAGGCCGAGUAUCAUUUCUUCCAGAGAGACAAAGUGGAAGUGCAGAUGCCUGAGCUGUAUCAUAAAAUAGGUGUGGGUGUGGUAUCCUGGUCUCCCCUGGCCUGUGGAAUCAUCACAGGAAAGUAUGAGAAUGGCGUCCCAGAAUCCUCCAGGGCAGCAAUGAAGUCGUACCAGUGGCUGAAGGAUAAGAUAGUGAGUGAGGAUGGAAGGAAACAGCAGGCUAAGCUGAAGGAACUGAGUCACAUUGCAGAAAAGCUUAGCUGUACACUGCCACAACUUGCCGUGGCUUGGUGCUUGCGGAACGAGGGAGUGAGUUCAGUUCUGCUGGGGAGCUCCAACCCUGGACAACUCACAGAAAACCUGGGCGCAAUACAGGUGCUUCCAAAGAUUACACCUCACAUUGCCUCAGAGAUGGACAAAGUUCUGGGUAACAGACCCCACAGUAAGAAAGACUAUCACCACUGAGGGAUUCUGGGACUGAAACGGAUGUGUGUCAUUCCUGACCUGUCAGUGUGUCUCCCACCUGCAAUGUGGCAUUAAUGUAGACCAUUGCUUUUAUAUUAACAUAAUGGCAGUAUAUUCUGCCCAUACUGUUUCAGUGUGUCUUGAGUCAGUCAGCAGAGCCAUGCAUGCUUAAGUGUGUGUCAGUGUGACUGAAGAUCUCUGUGAGAAAAACACCCCACAGUGAUAGUCUAUAUAUUCUAAAGAUGUCCCUCUGUCUAACAUGCAUAAUAAGAAACCGUUACUGGUUGGUCACCCCUCUUUUGUCUCCUUGAUUACUUUGGACAUUAAAGGACGAGUCUGUUUGAAUCAUCUUGCCUGAGGAUAAAAUGUUAGACUCUAACAUUUAAUUAAAUGUAUUUUGAUAAGAGACAAUGCAGAUACAGUGGAUAAAGAUGCCUGUAGGAUUACACUGUGUGAUUGUGAUUGACUGUAUGGAUGGAACAGCAUAGAACUGAUGGACAAAUACUGUGACAUUUUCCCCUUAAAAUCAAAAUUCCUUUUUCAUACUAGUGUAUGCCUGUUUCUUAUUCACAGUCAUGCUGUGUGCUGUUUUACCAUAGAUGGAUAUGUACCUAUUCCAGAGAAUCUGUUAAUUCUGCUGCUGGAUUUGCAACUUAAAUUCUGACAGUGUUUUAUUUACUGGCUUUGUUUGCGACUGGAAAUGGUCAUGGUGUAAUUGCUUGUGUUUAAGCUGCUCCUGCAGAUUUCAGAUUUGGAGAGGGAUGCAGUGUGAUAUAUAGCAUAAUCCAAUUUAUUUAAACCUGACUGUUCCAAUGAAAUGGUCAAAGUGUUUACAGAGUUGUGAUAUAGGUUGUAAAGUACCUUACUGUUCAGUUUGCUUUUAGAAAUGAAAUAAAUCAG